AUGCAGAUCCGCCUCGAGAAGCCGAAGGCCUCGCGCUCCAAGAAGGCGGUGAAGCGCGGCCGCGCGGGCGCGGACAAGGACGUCACGCAGGCAGCGAUCCAGACGAUGCUCGCGACCAAGGACGCCCAGCGCGCGCGCGCGCUGGCGCCCGCUCCGAAGAGUCCGACGAAGAGCCCCAUGAAGAAGAAGCCGCGGUCGAUCACGGCCGGCCCGGCGGCCGCGCUCGGGACCGCGGCGCGCGGCGCCAAGCUCGUCGUCGAGGCCCGCGGGGCCUACAACGCGACGUCGAAGCGCUACGACUUCGACGGGGAGCUGGGCGCGCCGCACUCCAUCUGCGAGGUCGGCCAGCUCAUCCACGACGGCAAACUGAAGAUCUCGAAGCUCCAGAAGGACAAGUCCUACGGCAUCCCCUACGCCACGAUGGCGCGGUGGGCCAUGGACGACAAGAAGUGGCGCGAGAAGCAGAACCUCAGUGGCGGCGUCGAGGGCAAGCCGCGCUGGUACGUCGAGAAGCACUCGCGCGGGCGCAAGACGCUCGACAGCGCGGGCGCGCCGACGCUCCUCGCGAAGCCGGCGCGCGCGGCCAUCGUGCACGCCGUCUGCGACGCGAAGCGCAACGGCUGCCCCUUCCAGCCCAAGGAGGUGAAGGCGAUCAUCCGCGAGGCGUGCAUCGCUACCGGCAAGAUCAACCCGUCGACCAAGGAGCGGUACUACGAGACGACGCGCGUCGACGGCCAGCUCAACAGCAUCUGCGGCGCCGCCAAGCGCGACUACGACGUGACCCUCGAGAACCAGAAGGGCCAGGGCCACGCGCGCGAGCGCGUCGACGCGUGCGACUACGAGGCCUUGACGAAGAACGUGGAAUUGGUCGCGCCCUUGCUCCGCGCGUUCCAGGAGCAGUACGGCAAGAUCCCCCUGGACAACGUCGGCAACUACGACGAGACAUUCCUGGACCUCUGCGCCUACGCGAGCACCGGCGCCUACCUCGUGCCGAGCGACGACGUCGCGGUGCAAGUGCUGAUUCCCUUCGAGAAGAGCCCGCACAUCACGCUCCUCAUCUUCACGCUCGGGGGCAAGCUGCUGCGGAUCCUCGUGGGCAUCAUCGGCACCACGGACAUCGCGCCGCACCCCUUCCACCUCUCGUUGGUGAAGGACAAGACGCGCAUUGGACUUUUCCAGACGGACAACGGCUGGAUCACGCACCGCACGAAGUACGAGGGCUUGAAGGUCUACUUCGCCGACGACAACGUCCUGGGCAACUCCCCGUGCUGCCUGAACUUCGACGGCCACAAGUCCAACACGGACAAGGUCCCGGGCACGCUCGAGGACGAGGCCGUGCCCAUAUUGCUCCGCGAGAACCAGACCUUCGGGCACACGCCCCUGGCCCACUCGACCGCUAUCGGGACCCAGCAGGCGGAUUUGCCGCAGGGCAUCAUCCAGCGCGCCAAGGCCAAAUUCGCUGACCUGAUGCGCUCCCAGGUCCGCGGCUCCCUGAAGAAGCGCGGGAAGUACAAGGGCCGCGUCUCGACGGCGACUGUCCUCCGGCUCAUCGAGCAGGCCUUCUUCGAGUCGGGCGUCGACGACCCGGCGAAGAUCAUGGACGACCACAAGCGCGUCGGCUACUGGGUCGAGGAGGGCUGGCUCAUGUGGGACCCGCGGCAGACCAUGAACCGCGCGAAGCUCGACUUCGGGAACGCGCUCGGCAAGGGCGACGCCGCGGAGGCCGACGCGGGCGAGCGCUCCGCGGGCGCGCAGAACCUGGACCGGGCCAUGGAGAUGGCGCGCGCCGACGUCGAAGCCGUCGGCGGCGCCGUGCACAAGGCGUACACGCCGCCCGUCGACUUGGACGAGGCCGCGGCGGUCCACGUCCCGCGGCGUACGCGCGAAGACCGUGCGCAAUACGGACUGGUGGUCACGGACGACGACUACGUCAAGGCCAUCUCCUCAGAGGGCGCGCGCGCCCUCGCGGAGCGCGCCGCGGAGGCGGCGAAGGCCUCCAAGGUGAGCGAGCGCUGGGAGAAGCGCCGCGCCGAGAUCCGGGCCGUCGAGAAGCAGGUCGCCGACGGGGCGCCGCUCGAGAACCUGAAGGUGGGCCAGCUCAAGUCGCUGAUCUACGGGCGCACGGGGAGCGGGGCGAAGGCGUCGAACAACAAGGAGGGCGCCAUGCUCGCGGAGGCGCGCGUCGCGCUCGGCCGCGAUCUGAUGCUCCCGCCGACUCCGACGCGACGCGGGGCCGAGGAUUCGGCCGACGCUGCUGGCGACGGCUCCGACGGCGAGCUCGAGGACGGCGCCGACGACCCAUGA